GGAACAUAAACAAUAACAAAAUAGUAACAAAGUUGGCUGACCCGUGAACUCCGAAAACUUAAUUAGGUUAAGUCCUAGUUUUUAUUUAAUUCCGCGGGAUCAUACUAAUUAUUUGAUUCAUUAGAUAGAUAUUACAAACUGUAUCUAGAAUAAUCUAGAUCUAGUCUAAAUUAGUAGAUCUAGCUAGAUCAUAAGAUAGAGGUCUAGAGCUCAAUUAUUCUUUUUCUAUUUACAAUAUUCAAUUUACCCACUGAAAUGCCUCCCAAGCGUGCUUCAUUAAAAAGAAAGAUAAGUCAUUGUCACAAUGAUUGUGAUGAAACAAAUGAACAAGAUGUACCAGAAUCAGUUGGUAAAACAAAGAAAAAGUCUGUAACUAAAGCAGAAAAGAACAAUACUACAAAAUCAUUUCCCAGCGAAAAGAGUAAAUCUAAACCAUCUGCAUGUGCUUCUCAAAGCUACAAACAUUGGUUGAUUAAAUCAGAGCCUAAUUCAAGAAUAGAAAAUUCAGUAGAAAUGAAGUUCAGUUUCAACGAUUUACAGUCCUCACCCAAUCAAACAAGCAGCUGGGACGGUGUUAGGAAUUACCAGGCAAGAAACUUCUUAAGAGAUCAAAUGAAACCUGGCCAGGAUGUUUUCUUUUACCACAGUAACUGUAAAGAACCUGGGAUUGUUGGUAUUUGCCAGGUUGUAAAAGAAGGAUAUCCAGAUCACACACAGUUUGACUCUAAAAAUCCACAUUUUGACAGUUCCAGCCAAAAAGAUAAUCCAAAGUGGUUUAUGGUGGAUGUCAAGUUAGUCAGACCUUUGAAAAGAUUCAUCUCCCUUGCUGAGCUUAAGGGCUUGCACCAGGAGCAUUUGAAAUCUGGUGGGCCGCUGCAGAAACUUGGGUUGUUCACUCGACCAAGACUUUCGGUGCAGCCUAUAACUGAUGAAGAAUGGAGCUACAUAUUGGAACUUGAAAACAAAGAUGCCUAGAAAACAAAGAUGUCUAGAAAACAAAGAUGCCUAGAAAACAAAGAUGCCUAGAAAACAAGCUUUUUUUUACUUGGAUUACUGUGAACACAUCAGGACGAAUGUAAGGGAGGAAACUGGUGGCAUGGUUAAUCUAGGAAGAAUAGAAUUGGAUGGUCUUUUUAUUUGGUUAGAUCAAACUAGAUGUUGCUAUGUGUAUUUAGUGUGUCAAGUAUUAAGUUAUGUAGAAACAAGAAGUCAAUGAUCAAGUUACCUACAAAGUUUUGUGAAGCUAAUUUAGAUUUGAGUUUGCGAUGGUAAUUAUGAUUUUACUCUUAAAUUGCAUUUCUUUAUGGAUAUUCCCUGAGAUUAAGGGAGGCAAUUUGUUGCCAGUGCUUUCUUGAUCCAAACUAGAACUAUGUCAGAGAAAGAGCAGACGGCUUUAAUGGGGGUGGUCAUUUUUUUAAUGUUGAUUUUAGAUUUAUAAAGUAGUUAAAAUUCUUUUUUUGAGCCUCUUGUUAGUUUUAUUUGUACUAAUGUGGUUGAAUACGAGAAAGUUAAAUAUAAACAUUACAUUUUAAAUCUUAUUGAAUUAUUAAUAUCGUAUACAGGUAUUUUAAAUAUGUAAGAAAUAUUUAGUAUUGUUCAUGUGAAAUUUGAUAAAGUUAUUAUAAUGAGGUCUGACUGUACAAAUAAAAUCAUUUAGUUAAAACGAAUUUUUGAAUAAGUUUCCAUACUACAUGUGUAGUUAAACAUCAUGUACAUGUAUGUAAAUUUGAUCCAAAAUUUUGCACCAGUAACUGAAGCACUGGUCUAUUUUAUUAUGUUCCUAUUGGUCAAUAGGUGAUCAGUCUGUGACAUUGUCAUUGGUGUAUAUAGUUAUCCACUGUAUAGAUUUUUUAAAAAAGUGUACAUUUAUCUUUUUUUUUUUUUUUCAAUUAAAAAUCGCCAUGAAUAUUUUAUGGUUUAAAAAUAUUAAAACAUAUGUACUUUAAAAUAUGUUAUUGGUGGUCUUUUUAAAAAUAAAUAAAUCUAUACAUA